UUCUAACCGCGUUCCACACUGUGGCAGACACGCUGCAGCGAGUUCUUGGUAUUCUGUGAUUUACUGAUAAGCAAAUCUUCCAUCCCUUCCUAAUAUUUGUUUUGAAUGAUAUUCUUCAAUAAUCUGUCCUGCUGUUAAUUGAAGAAGAUGCAGGCUAGCCAGCCUAUUCAGGCCAAACCACAGGUGAGCAAUGGUCCGGUGGCGGCCGGAGGACCGGUGACGACGCCGUCGACAUCCGCGGCCAUCCCCACCCCGCCGCCGCCUGGCCCGGUGGUCACCCCGCUGAAACCGAUUAUCAGCACGGUGGGCAAUGCCCCGGUGGGCAGCAAGGGCGUCUCGGUGGUGACGCUGAGCGCGGAACGGCCCAGGAACCCCGGCGGCCAAGUCAGCCCGCUGACGGCCUUCGUCACGAAAACAGGCGCGGGCGUGGCGCGCGUCACGACGCCUCACGGCAUAGUAGGGCCCACGGGGGGACAGAUCCGGCCGGGGAUCACCACCAAGGUCCAGUUCCCGCAAAAGGUUUUGAAUUUAUCCGGCGCCACCUUCCCCGCUGGCUACAAGCUGUCCCCCCUGACCUUCAAUAUCGCCACUAGCGCCAACGGGAAGAGCGGCGUGGUCCCGCUGGUCCUGGCCACCUCCUCCUCCGGGAACACCGUCUCCCUGGUCCCCGCGGGGAGUGCCGCCGCCUUAACCGCGGCGGGCGAUGAGCCAGCGAAAAAGCGGCCGCGUCUGGAAGGCCCCAUCGCCACGCUGCGCACGACCGCCGGCGGGACGGUGGGCAAGGCGCCCGAUCCCAAUAGUGCGGCGGCCAAACGCCGACGGCGCACCACCGAGGACGGCGUCAAAGGGCUGCGGUAUUUUGCCACCAAAGUCUGUGAUAAAGUCCGCGAGAAAAAUCUGACCACGUACAAUUCCGUGGCGGAGGAUCUCGUGCAGGAGUAUUCGGAUCCCAAUCCGACAUCGAAGUCGCGCGACGAGAUCGCCUGCGAGCAGAAGAACAUUCGCCGGCGGGUGUACGACGCCCUGAACGUCCUGAUGGCCAUCAACGUCAUCCAGAAGGAGCGCAAGCAGAUCCGCUGGGUGGGCUUGCCGCGCUCGUUGAGUGAGGCCGGGGUGCUGAAGAAGGACAGUCUGACGGAGCGGCGCCGGCAGCUGGGACAUUUGCGACAGCGUCUCUUCCAGUCCUCCCUGCAGUAUGUGGCGUUGAAGGAGCUGGCCGAGUCCAAUAAACGCCAGAAGGAGGAGAAACUGGCCCGGCUCAUCCAGGAACAGAAGGCGCAGCCGAAUAACCGGCGCCUGGCCGUGACGCCUGAGCUGCUGGCGCUGGAGGAUCCCACGCAGCGCAUCGAGCUGCCGUUCCUCUUCCUGACGUGCGGCUCGAAAUGCGACAUUGAGUGCUCGGUGAGCGGGGACGCCAAGGAGUACGAGCUGCGCUUCUCCGAGCCCUUCCAGAUUAUCGAGGACGCCGAGAUUAUCCGUCAUUCGCCUCUGAUCAAGGCCGUUGACAGCGGCACGCACAACGCGGCACAACUGCAGCACACCAUCGAACAGCUGCCCGAGUUUAUGCGCCCGCGCUUCGCCGCGCUUUUAUCUGAGCAUCGCGAGCGGGUGCGGAAGCUAGAGGACACGAAGAAGGCUCAGCUGGCCAUAAAAGCCGCGGCGGAAGCGGAGCGCGCCCGUCACGAGGCGGAGCGCCGGCGUCAAGCGUUGUUGCGCGCCGCCACCACCGUCCCGCCGCCGUCCAACUCCUUCCUGGCCCUGGCAGCGGCGCCCUCCGCGUCCGGGUCACUGCUGCGCGCCGCCACGGUCGUCCCGGCCCCUAUCGCCCCGGCUCCCAGUGCGGCGCCCGAGGGGGCGGCGGCCCCGGAGGAGGCCGUCCCGGAGGCGCAAUCCGCGCAGGUGGCGGCCCUGCACAGCGGCUCCCCGGUGUGCCUCAAGUCCAAGUACUACAUGGAGGUCUCGGCGGCCCCCCUGCCCCCCGACAUGAACACCUUCAUGGCCGCGCCCGCCCUGGCGCCUCUCCCGGAGACGGCCACGUUGAGCACGGUGGAGACGGAGACGGGGAUUCUGAGUAUUAGCGCCGUGGAGUGCACCUGAGCGCCGGUGUGGCGAUGACGUUUUAAGCGGAGCUCCACGAAUGAUCUUCCCGUAGUCUACACAAAGCAUUUUUUUUCGCGGACGGCCGGCAUUUUGGCGAAGAUAAAUUUUGAUGUUAAUUUGGUCUGAUGUUUUUCUGGGUAUUCGUUGCGAAGAUGUUCAAGAAUUUACUAGAUAACGUUGUUUUUCUGUUUGUGCGAUGUUGUGCUCUGUUUUCUGAUUGUUUCUGUUUUCUGGUUGUGUAUCUCACGGCGGAAAGGUUACUGGAUGUCGCCUGUGUUUAUUAACGCAUUUUUCAUCCGUUUGUUGCUGCCCAUUACUUCGUUAACAUUGGUGUGUGAUUUUCGCCGAAUUUCUGCUGGGAGACUGCCGGUUGGAUGUUUUUCCAGGUUAUUUGUUUCUCUUUUUCAUCAUUAGAGUAUUUUUCUUCGGUCUGAUGUUGAACUGUUGUAAUAAAGCGGAUGCGUCUG